AUGAGCUCAUCGGUAACACAGCUAUUCAAGAACAACCCCGUGAACCGUGACCGCAUUAUCCCACUAGACUUCGCCAUCACCAAAACCCUACCCGACUCUCACGUCUGGUCCAAACACGAACCCAAACCCGAACUCAUCACCCGACCCAUUCCCGUCAUCAGCUUGUCCAAACCGGCCGAGCAAGGGCUACUACGACAUGUUUGUGAGGAAUGGGGUGUGUUUCAUAUCACAGAACAUGGGGUCCCACACUCUUUACUCAAAAACGUUGAAUGCCGAAUGAAGAGGCUUUUCUCUUUACCCAUGCAUCGUAAGAUCCUAGCCGUCCGAUCACCCGACGAGUCCACUGGUUACGGUGUGGUUCGAAUAUCUAUGUUCUAUGAUAAGCUCAUGUGGUCUGAGGGAUUCUCUGUUAUGGGUUCCUCUCUUCGACGUCACGCUGCACUCCUAUGGCCUGAUGAUCAUACCGAAUUCUGUAAUGUGAUGGAAGAGUAUCAGAAAGCGAUGGGUGAUCUAAGCCGUAGACUAAUAAGCAUGUUGAUGGGUUCGUUAGGACUGACACAUGAAGACUUGGGAUGGCAUGUAACGGACAUCACCGGUUCAAGAACUGACUCACUCCAAUCCUUUCUCCAGUUGAACUCCUACCCGGUUUGCCCUGACCCUCAUCUAGCCAUGGGCUUAGCUCCUCACACCGACUCCUCCCUACUCACCAUCCUCUACCAAGGCAAUAUACCAGGUCUAGAGAUUCAAAGUCCAGAAGAAGAAGGGUCGAGAUGGGUUGGAGUGGAGCCAAUAGAAGGUGGCCUCGUUGUUAUAAUGGGAGAUUUGUCUCACAUCAUAUCCAAUGGACGAUUCAAAAGUACGAUGCACCGUGCGGUUGUGAACAAGACGCACCACCGUGUCUCAGCUGCAUAUUUCUCCGGCCCACCUAUGAACCUCCAGAUCGGUCCGUUGACCGGUGACAAGGACCAUCCUCCUAUCUACCGGCGCUUCAUAUGGGAAGAGUACCUUGCAGCCAAAGCAACACACUUUAACAAAGCCUUGACUUUGUUCCGUUACUGA